AUGGCUAAUGGUUAUCCUCAAACAUUUCCACAAAAUGUGUGCAUACCUCCAAAUAAUCCACGACAAAUUAAUCCUUCAGCGAUACAUUUUAUUCGACCACCGAAUGAGGCUAUGCCUAAUGAUUCAUUUUUAAUCCCACAACAUGGGUCUCAACUAGGAUACCCAGCUGGAUACAAUGGUCUUCCACCACCAUCAACUGUUUAUCCACAACAAUUUUUUCCACCUUAUUCAAUAACACAGGCAACUUCAUAUAUAAAUCCUAAUUUUCAAGAACCAACUCAGAUUAAUCAAUCAACUGUCUCAACAUUUCAGCCUGCAAUGCCACAAAAUAGUCAACAAUCAAAUCCACACGAAGAAUCAGUACGUCACGAGAAACGACAAAAACACCCACUAUCCAUUAUUAAUCCAGAGUCACAUAAAGAAGUUGUACUUUCUACCACACAAACGACAUAUACAUCAUCACAUGAAACACCUUCCGUAGAAUCGAUAAUUGUAGAUUCAGUUAUACCAAAUCCCAAGCCGACAAUUAAUAACACUAAAGCACAAAUUCAAGCCGAUUUUCGACGAAAAGUUUUUGACAGAUUAGCCGAUAGCUCUGAUGCUCAAAUAGAUCAGAAUACAAAUCAACAAUCAACAUCAUCAUCUCAAUCAGGUUCAAUAACACGAGCAAAAUCUCCGAUAUCUAUACCAUUAAAUGAUAUAUCCACAGUAUCAAGUAAAAUAUCUGAACAACUACAACCAAAUCAUCUGGGUAUACUAACACGAAAUUUUACUGAUGAUAAAUUAAUAGCAGAAGUUAAUCAAGAUGAUACUAAUGAUGAACGUGAUGGAACUGAUACACAAAAACAACCAGAAUUCAAGCCAAUUGAAGAAGCAAAUGAUAAUAAUAAUAAUAAUAAUUCAGAAACAAAAGAUCAUGAUGAUCAAAUAUUGGUGGCCAAUGAGGAAGUUAAUUCAAAUCAAUUGAAACCACAAUCUGCACCGUUAGAAUCUGUCCCAAUAGAAACAAGAGCAAUAAUCGAUAAUGAUGAAUCUCGAGUAGCACCAAAACAGCGUUUGCAUUAUGGUCGUCUUGAACUUUUACGUAUUCGUGAUAAUUUAGGACCAUUUCCGUUUCCACCUGAUCUUCCUGAUCUUGAAGCUGUUCUCAGUCGAUGUGAUAAUAAUAAUAAUAAUUCACGUCAUUUAUAUAAGGGUACGAAUAGUGACAGACAUAUGAAUCCACAAUGUCAUCGAAAGAUGUUAUCAAGUAAUCAUCCGUCAUUAACACGUUAUACAAAUAAACAGAAUUCACUAAGUGAUUCAAAACGUAAAACAGGAGUUUAUUUAAAAACUGAACCUGAUUUUGAUAAUCGUGUCGAAAAUCCAUAUAAACCAGCCAAUACAAGUAAAAUUGAUGCUAAUGAUAGAGUUCUACGUGAUAUUAAAUCCAUAUUAAAUAAAAUAACACCACAAACAUAUGAUAAAUUACAGGAAAAACUUGAAGCAUUAGACAUUGAUCGUUAUGAAAGAUUAGAAGGAAUGAUAAAGAUAUUUUUUGCCAAAGCUGUUGAUGAACCAGGAUUUUGUUUUCUUUAUGCAAAAUUAUGUAAACAAUUUCAAAAUAAACAAGUCACUGUAUCAGCUGAAGAUGGUAAAACAGCAACACAUUAUUUUCGUCAAAUCUUAUUAACACGUUGUCAAAAUGAAUUCGAAAAUGAUUACAGAGACGAAGUUGAAUAUGAAAAGCGUAAAGUUGAAAUUGAAGCUAGUAUAGAUGAAAAAAAAAAUAAAGAAGAACAAGAACAAUUAGAAGAAGAUCUCAUUAAAGCUAAACGAAGAAAACUAGGCAAUAUUUUUUUUAUUGGUGAAUUAUUUAAAUUACGAAUGUUAACUGAUAGUAUUAUGUAUGAUUGUAUUGAAUAUUUACUUCGUGAUAAAACUGAUGAAGAAAGUCUUGAAUGUUUAUGUUGUCUUCUACGUACUAUUGGCAAAGAACUUGAUGCAAAAGCGAAUGAAAAACCGAUGAAUAAAUCCAAUUUACAAAAACAGUAUCGCAAAUUAGAUUCUAUUAUUAAAGAGCAAAAAACAUCAUCGCGUAUUCGUUUUAUGAUUCAAGAUCUAAUCGAAUUAAGACAAGCUGCAUGGAUUCCACGUCGUGAUCAGCCUAAACCGGUGACAAUUGAUGAAAUUCAUGAACAAGGAAGUAAUUUAUGUUCUGCACAAAAUCGUGGUACUCUUAUAGGUAAUGCUUAUGGUGGAAGUAUGUCAGUACAAAAUAAUGUUGGACGUGAGAGUGGAAUGAAACAGAAAUCAAAUCGAAAUGAAGAAAAUCAAGAAAAAAAAUGCUUUACUGUUAAUAGUUUAAGAGAAUUACAAUCAAAUCACAAACAAAAUCAAGGAUCAUUCGCAAUGAGUCUAGGACCACCACAAACAUGGUCAAAAGGAUCAGGUGUUGGAAAGAAACCUGAAAAAGAUAAUUUAUUUGUUGGACGUACUAGCAAACCGCCAGCAAGUCCAUUUCAGCAAUUCAGAGGUAAAAUAAGUUCAUUACAAACCGGUUCAGAUUAUUCAAUUCAACGUUCAUCAUCACGUGAAUUAGCACUUGAAAAUACUUCACAAUCAUUGCGUAAAACAGCAGCAGGUGGUGAAAUAAAUACAGCUAGUACAUCGACGUCAAUGACAAACUCCCAAGAAGGCUCACGUAACGUCAGCUGUGAGGCAACUCGUAAUGCAUCACAUGAAUCAAGCAGCAGUAAUCAUUUAUCAUUACAAAUGAAUAAAGCAUCAGUCAAUGAAUCAAUACCAGUAAUUAAUCAAGAUUCAUCGAUAACAUCAUUGGAUGAAGAGAAAAUUAUUGCUCGUGUACAUUCACUUAUUGAAGAAUAUACUGAAAAUUAUUCAGAUUUAACUGAUCGACCUAUUAAAGAAGCACAAGAAGAUUUAUCUUCGUUUCGUACAUCAAGCUAUGAUCAACAAACAAUUAUCAUUCGAGAAUUAUUUACGAAUGUUUUAGAAGCUAAACCACGUGCCCGUAAAGCUGUCGGACAUUUACUUGAUGCUGGAGUUAAUCAAACUAUUUUAUCUACGGAAUCUUUUCUUUCUGGUUUCAAAAUGAUUGUUGAAGCUGCACCAGACUAUAUUGUUGACAUUCCUCUUAUUUGGCAAUAUAUUGGUGAAAUUCUUGGUGCAUUUUUCAGUGCUCCAACUUCAAAUAUGGCGCUACUUAAAUCUAUUCUUGCAUGUGUUUCUGAUGAUAAAUCGAAACAAUUAUUUCAAUUUAUUAUUCGAUAUGCAACCGAAUAUUCAUCUCAAUCACAUAUUCGAAAUCUUUGGCAAGCAUCCGGUUUUUCUCUGAGCGAUUUAGUUAAAUCUGAUCUGAUUGAUGAGUCAUUUUCAAAUGAAUAUAAGUGGCUAUUUGAUACUCCUGAUAAUAUUGCUUCAUCAAUAUCACAAACCAAAGAAAAUCAUUCUCCGCGUGUUGAUCCACAAUUAUUUAUAUUAUUUAAAUCUUUUAAUGAUCAAAGUACAACAGUAACGGAUUCUGAAAUUAUCACAUAUAUUAGUGAGCAUAUGGAUCCGAAUAAAAAGUUUUACAUACGAAAUAUUGUUUUAUCUUAUUUGGAAGCAUGCUUAAUUAGUAUUGAUUCACCAAAGAAAAUUCAAGGCGAUAUUGCAAAACAUCGAAUGACAAUACUUAAUACUAUCAUUGAUCAUAAACCAGAAGCUGAAGUUCAAGCCGUCUAUGCUAUUCAAAGUUUUGUUCAUAAACUUGAACAUCCACCAAAAAUGGCACGACUACUGUUCGAUAUAUUCUAUGAUGAAGACUGUGUAAGUGAAGAGACAUUUUUAGAAUGGCUUAAACAUCCAGAUUCAUCCGAAACGGAAGGACAUUCUGUUGUUCAACUCUCAACGAAAAACUUUUUUACUUGGUUAGAACAAUCUGAAAAUCAGGUUCAAGAAGAACAAGAAAAUUAA